AUGGAGUUCACCGCGUCACCCAAGCCCCAGCUUUCCUCUCGAGCCAACGCUUUCUCCAUCGCCGCGCUGAUGUCCAGUGGCGGCCCCAAGGACAAGGAAGCAGCGGAGAAUACCAUCAAACCCCUGGAGCAAUUCGUGGAGAAGUCUUCUUGCGCGCAGCCCCUGGGUGAGCUGACAAGCCUGGAAGCUCACUCGGAGUUCGGCGGCGGGGGCGGCAGCCCUUCCUCCUCCCUGUGCACAGAGCCCCUGAUCCCCACUACGCCCAUCAUCCCCAGCGAGGAGAUGGCCAAAAUCGCCUGCAGCCUGGAAACCAAGGAGCUCUGGGACAAAUUCCACGAGCUGGGGACCGAGAUGAUCAUCACCAAAUCCGGCAGGAGGAUGUUCCCGACCAUCCGCGUGUCAUUUUCGGGAGUGGAUCCUGAAGCCAAAUACAUAGUCUUGAUGGACAUCGUUCCGGUGGAUAACAAGAGGUAUCGCUACGCCUACCACCGGUCGUCCUGGCUGGUGGCGGGCAAAGCUGACCCUCCACUGCCAGCCAGGCUCUAUGUACAUCCAGACUCUCCCUUUACUGGUGAGCAGCUACUCAAGCAGAUGGUGUCUUUUGAGAAGGUGAAACUCACCAACAAUGAGCUGGAUCAACAUGGCCAUAUAAUUUUGAAUUCAAUGCAUAAGUACCAGCCGCGUGUGCAUAUCAUUAAGAAGAAAGACCACACAGCCUCACUGCUCAAUCUGAAGUCUGAAGAAUUCAGAACAUUCAUCUUUCCAGAGACGGUUUUCACUGCAGUCACCGCCUACCAGAAUCAGCUGAUAACCAAGCUGAAAAUAGACAGCAAUCCUUUUGCCAAAGGAUUCCGGGACUCCUCCAGGCUCACUGACAUUGAAAGGGAGAGUGUGGAGAGCCUGAUCCAGAAGCAUUCCUAUGCCCGCUCACCCAUCCGUACCUAUGGAGAAGAGGAUGUCUUAGGGGAAGAGAGCCAGACAGCCCAAAAUCGAGGAUCCGCCUUUACAACAUCUGACAAUUUAUCUCUCAGUUCCUGGGUAUCAUCGUCUUCCAGUUUUCCGGGAUUUCAGCACCCACAGUCCCUGACUGCUCUUGGCACCAGCACAGCGUCCAUAGCAACACCCAUUCCUCACCCCAUUCAGGGUUCUCUGCCACCAUAUAGCCGACUGGGGAUGCCUCUGACACCCUCAGCCAUUGCCAGCUCCAUGCAAGGGAGUGGCCCCACGUUCCCCUCGUUUCACAUGCCGAGAUACCAUCACUACUUUCAGCAGGGGCCCUAUGCAGCCAUCCAAGGACUACGCCACUCCUCUGCUGUGAUGACACCAUUUGUAUGACUCUUCUGAGUGUGGGGGAAGAGAAUUCCAGAAUGUCCAAAUGGGUAUGAAAAUAUAAGAGAAGGUUGGGUGGGUGGGAUGUGUGGUAUUGGAGCAGGGGCUCUCCAGGAAACUUGGGACCUAUUGAAGAGGAGAGCUGGACUCACAAUAAAAUCUACCUUUAAGGGAGUGCACCAUGGACCAGGAUUCAUCUGUAGUUGGACUCAGGAGAGUAUCAGUGUAAAGUUCUUAGCCAGCCUAACACCUACAACUAAUAGGAUAUCAGCUUAUCCAGAAAACUUAAUAAUAUAAGGCAAAGGAAUCUUAAGGUGCAUUAUUCCUAUUCUUUAAAAAUUCUGUUGAUGCAGUACUGUAUAAAUUCAAUGUGUAUAGGUUUUCUUUCUGCUUUCAACAGGUUAAAAGUGUCUUCAAAGAGGCAAUACUAUAUAGCAUACUGACCACAUGGCUAACUUGCCAAUUCUCCCUGUAGAAAUGGGAGUCCAUAGCAAAAUUUUGUAGUGCUACAAUGUACGCAUGUUUAGUUUCCUUUAAGUCAGUUUGCUGGGAAAGGAGCAGAGAUAGUGUUAAUGCAUCCUGCCAUGUGGAUGAGUGUAUGAUAAUGCCUUUGCCAAGUUCUUGCAGUAUUGACAGGCCAGUAUGCAAUAUGCUCAACCUGUAGUCUUUUUCCUUUUUUUUACCUAAUAAUUCUCUUUCCUGCAGGAAAAGUGUUCUGUAUGUAUUUUAAAACAAGAAGCUCUCUGUGUCGUAUUACCAAAGUGAGGUUUGCUUUUUCUGAGCUGCAUUUUCAGUACACUACUGAUGAUUUAACUGAGGAGCC